GAAAAUCUUAGGUAAUUAUCAUGGAAAGUUAUUAAGUUGUAAUUUAAAUGUAUAUUGACAGUUUGUAGAUCAUAACCUCAAAUUUUGCUCUAUUGUUGUAAACACGUUAAAAUGGAUUUCGAUUCAAAUGAUAGUUACUGGAGUAGUUGUAUUCGUCUCAUUGAAAAAACAUUCGUCCCAAGAAUACAGGAAGGAAAAAAUCGUCCUUGCACUGAAGACGAUUUCAAGAAUCAUCGUUCCACAGUCAAUCAAAAUUGUCAGGAUAUUUUGUCGAUUCUACAGCACAUUUUGGAUGAGCGCAAUGAAACAAGUAUGUCAUUAAAUUCUUCAAAAGUUAAAAUUUUUAAAAGUUACUGUAUAAUAAUGAUCGGUGAAAAUAGUCAGAAAAAUCUUUGGACUACAAUUGAGUCUCAAGAAAUUUGUAAACAAAUCUCUGAAAUUCUCUGUGAUUUAUAUUCUUGUGAAAAUCUCUCACAACUCAUUGAACAAAAUCAAGAUGACGUUAGUCGAAUUCUCACCACAUUGAGGCCAAAAUUAUUAAAAGACACAUGGAAAACUUAUCCAGCUUCGAUUAUUUGCUACAAAUGGUUCGUCACUCUAUUGAAAAAGUCACAAGUCAUUAAUCAUUUUAAUGACAUAAUUCCCACGGCAUUAAUAAUUCUCGAUGACUUUGAAGUGGAGAAUAAAGUUUUGGGUUUGGAAUGUAUUUCCGAAAUAGUGCAACACUGUCACACGGAAAAGCAAUUUGUUGAAUCGGGAUUCGCUGAAAUGAUACUCUUCAAUCUGAAGAAAUUUAUUUAUGAAAGAGAAAUGAAUUGUACAUUAGUGUUGUACAAUUGUAUUGAGAAAAUUUUAAAAUCUCUAGAAUUAGGAAAGGAAAAUUUCAAUAAAUUCGAAUGGAGUGAAAGGGAUAAAAUUCUUGAGGAACUAUUAGACAAAAUGGCAUGUGAAGAUAAUGGAAAAAUUCGUGAAAACUACAUGAGUGUCUUGGUGGAAUUGUUAAAUUCAUUGGGUAGUUUUAAAUGGUGCGGUAGAGUGAUAAGAAUUAUUGAUCGUUACUGUGAACAUUACGGUGAUUUAAAUAGUUUGAAAAUUACUUUAGACAGUACGAAAAUUAUUCUGGGUCGAUUUGAAAAGCGAAUUUCGGCUCAUAGCGAAAGUUUGUUUACAAUUUUUCUGAAACUCUAUAUUAAUUUGAAUGAAAUACAAGCGAGUGAAGAGAUUUUUCAGAGUUUGGAAGAUUGUCUGUAUUUAGUGUGUCAAUCGUCGCCGGAAAUGAUCAAAGAAUUGAUGCAAGACGAUCGAAUAGAAUUGAAAUUUCGAACUGACUUUGUUAAAAGAAUAUUUGAACUUGACAGUUGAUUACAAUAUAUAAUUAUCAAUACUUUUAA